UGUUUUCUCAUUUUAGCAAGAGGAGAGCUCGUAUCUUUAUAGGCUGAUGUGUGCAAAUCCAGACACAUAGCAUGCUAUGGCUGAUCCGGCUGCACAUUGCCUUCACUAAAAAAUGAACAGAAUUGAAACGGGGAGGGUGUGUCAGGGGGCAUAUUUGCAAUAAACCUGGUUGAAAACACGAGAUCACAAACAGUCUUAAGGAGUGCGGAGAACGUUCUAGAUAUUUCGAUCAAGGCAGAGGGAAUGGAGAUCUGAUCAAAGAAUGCAAAACCGGGUUUAAGAAGAGAGUCGGAUUCAUGUUUAUUUCGGGUCCCAUUUAAAGUAUUUGUCACAUCUGGAUUUGACUGAUACAGUAACUCAAGAUGCAGACCUUCUUUAAAGGUAGAAGAGUUGGAUACUGGCUGAGCGAAAAGAAGAUCAAGAAGCUCAAUUUUCAGGCCUUUGCAGAGAUGUGCAGGAAAAGAGGAAUAGAAGUGGUGCAGCUUGACUUGACGAAACCCAUCGAGGAGCAGGGCCCACUGGACGUGAUCAUCCACAAGCUGACGGAUCUCAUUCUCGAGGCAGACCAAAACGACACUCAGUCUCUGCUGCUUGUCCAGCGUUUCCAGGACUACAUUGAGGCACAUCCAGAGACCAUUGUCCUUGACCCCCUUCCAGCUAUCCGGACCCUGUUGGACCGGUGCAAGUCUUAUGAGCUGAUCCACAGGAUAGAAGACCGCAUGCAAGAUGGCAGGAUCUGCUCUCCUCCCUUCAUGGUGCUUACCAGCGAGUGUGGACCAGAUACCCUGGAGCAGAUAGAGAAGCACAGACUAACAUUCCCCUUCAUUUGCAAAACCAGAGUAGCACAUGGCACAAAUUCUCAUGAGAUGGCAAUCAUUUUCAACAAGGAGGGUCUAAAGGACAUCAAGCCCCCCUGUGUGAUCCAGAGCUUCAUCAACCACAAUGCCGUGCUGUACAAGGUGUUCGUGGUGGGAGAGUCCUACACAGUGGUGGAGAGGCCGUCCCUCAAGAACUUUCCAGCUGGGCCUGCAGACAGAAAAACAAUAUUCUUCAAUAGUCACAAUGUUUCAAAGCCAGAGUCGUCCUCAGACCUGACAUCUAGGGACAAUGUGGAAGGGGUGUCCCAGCUGCCCAGCGAUGAUGUCAUCAGGGAGAUGUCCAGGUCUCUGUGCCGGGCGCUUGGGGUGUCCCUGUUUGGAAUCGAUGUGAUCAUCAACAACCAAACCGGCCAGCACGCAGUCAUUGACAUUAAUGCAUUCCCAGGUUAUGAAGGGGUACCAGAAUUCUUCAGUGACCUCCUGAACCACAUAACUGCUGUGCUUCAGGGGCAAACUUCAGAGGUUUCAGCCGCUCCACACAACGGCAGUGCAGCAGAGCAGGUGGCCAGUGUUGUGGUGAACACAGCAGACCGAGGCAGUGGCACUCCCACGGGGUGCUGCGGCAUGCUGGGAAAAGAAGCCAAUCCCUGGAUUGUGGAGGGAGACAGUGGCGGCAAGAAGGCCUCGCACCAGAGACUAGGCUGCAACUCGGCCAUGUCGCCCAAUUUCCAGCAGCACUGUGUAGCCACACUGUCUACAAAAGCUUCUUCCCAAUGAUAUAUAGAAAGAAAUGAAAAAAAAAAAACAGACCACCUGAUGCUGAUUUUAGGAGUGUUUUUAUACAGUUAAGACAACCUCUCUUCCCCAUCACUUUUACAAUUCAUUGUGAAUCACGUCAUUGCUCCAAAGGAUAAGCGACUAAUUUAUUGUAUCAGUCCAGUACACUUUUUUAUAAUGGUACCGAGGUGUGGGGGUGGGCGAGGAAAUUGACAUUGCCUUUUGAAAAGUAAACAUAGUGUGCGUUAUGUACACAUCUAUGACAAAAUGAUUUGUACAUGUUUGUUUUGUUUUGUUUUAUUUUGGGGGAUAAAGUAGAUUUACAGUUUUUAAAGGAAUUGACAUUGUAUGGUGGAAAAUUGAAAUGGUUCCAUUUUGGGUAUUUGUUACCCA